GGGACGUGCUGAAAUAUCUGAACGUCACUGCCACCGCCGCCGCCUUUGGCCAAAGGAGAUCUGUAACUACUGGCGGGUCACUCGCAUUUUGGGAUAGUUGAAGAUCGAAUUAGGAAACCUGUCAACAACAACCAAGGAUUCAAUAUAUAUAUAUAUAUCUACCCACAGGAUACAACAGCGGAAAUAAAAGCUUUUCGCUCCGGUUUAGUGGUUAGUUCAAACGGCUUUAGUUAGAGCUUCACUUUUAGAUCGCCAAGUCAGGUGUAUUUAUUAAACACGUUGUAACGUAUUUCUUUGACUGAGUUGAUUACAGCGAUUGAUGUGAUUCCUAAUUCUACACUAAAUGGUUAUGGAGAAGAAGAGGAUGGAUUGUCCCUCUCUGCCACCGGGCUGGAAGAAAGAAGAAGUGAUCCGGAAGUCAGGGCUCAGUGCUGGCAAGAGUGAUGUCUAUUACUACAGUCCCAAAGGGAAGAAGUUCCGGAGCAAACCCCAGCUGUCCCGUUACCUAGGCAACACGGUGGACCUGGGAUGUUUUGACUUCCGAACGGGCAAGAUGAUGCCCGGCAAGAUGCAGAAGAACAAACAGAGGCUACGGAAUGAGAACCUCACCAUCAACAAGUGGCUGGAAAUAUUUCAAUAAACUCAUCUGGAG